CGGAGGAGCGGCUCUCCCUCGCGCACACACACAGACACACACACACACACGCAGUCUCUCCCUCUCCAGCCGCCGCCGCCGCUCCCGGGCUCUUCCAGGCGCUGCCGGCAUGGGGAACAUCGCCUGCGUUCCGCAGGCACCCGGGAGGCUCGGGGGCUCUUUCCGAAGGAAACCUUCGCUGAAGAAAGAACAAAAUGGCAAGAAAAAACUGCCCAGCUUUUUUGGUAUAGAAGGAGGGCAGGAGAGAGAUACGACCACAGACAAAAUCCUGCAGUAUAUUCCAGGAAAGAAUAUUCAGAACCAGGAAAACCAGAAAGAAAACUUGGACCAGAGGUUCCCCAGCCUGUUCAAGAAGGGACGAAGGAAAACGGUUGUCAGGAAUCUGGGGAAAAUAAUCCAUUACUCCAAGGUCAAGUUUAAGUUUCAGCACUGUCAGGAGGUGAAUGACUGUUUCUUGGAGCUGUUCCAGUCUUACCUGUACUUCCAGUCUAUGGGCUCUAACGGACUCACCUACCAGGGACUGCUGCCUUUGAAAGAGCUGAGUGUGUGCGAAAUUGAGAACGGGAAGAGCACCGGGCAGGAGGAUCACGCUUUCCGCAUUGCAGGUCCUCUGCUGAAUCCCCUUAUCGUGUUCUGCCCUACUGAGUCAGAGCUGAAGCAGUGGCUUUAUCACCUGGAGAAACAGAUCCAGCUAAAUGGAGGAAGCCUCGGCUUGCCCUUCCUCUCUCAGAACGACUGGAAGCAGAGCUCCGUGGAGAAAGAGGAGCUGCGGUGGUCAGUGCAGAACAUGCCUGUCCAGGAGUGGAGAGGGACCCAGCGGGAAUCCCUAGGAGAAGUCCUCUGUGUUUCCAAAGUGAAGCUUCAGCAUCUGCCUUUCGAGGAGCAGCACGACCGGCUGUUGGUGCUUUACCCAUCCACUCUGGUAAUAGUGUCUGAAGAGCGCAGCAGCCUUUGCUUUAAGGGCGAGCUGCCACUCAACGCCAUCCAAGUGCUCUUUGAAGAGAAUGACAAAACCUCCUUUUUAAUAGAAGGCCGACUAAUCAACUCGAUCCGGGUGAUCUGCCACAGCUAUGACGAUUACCAGGAGUGGCUCUACUGUCUCAAAACAGCCCAGUUUCGAAACGCUGACUCCUCCCUCUCUGGAUCUGAGAGUUUCUCAGGAUCAAAGCAGCCACACCCCUGCCAGUUUGCCGGCAGCGGGAGAGGGUCACUCACUUCUGACGGUCGUACCAACUCCUGGGCAUCAGGAGGGAGAGUGGCCACCUUAACACACGUCUCCCAGAACAGCGGCUCUCUCCAUGACGGGCAGUCCUUCGUGCUGAUGUCCGAGAGCAGAGUGCUUGAAGACCCCCUCUCCCCUGGCUAUUCCCAACCUCUCCAUUGCCUGGCCCAAGGCAGCUGGCCAAGCACGGGGCUGCCCGCGCAGGACCUGCGGAGGGGAGGCAGUGCCAGAAUAUCCAGGAGCAAAUGUGGGCCUUGUGGCCAGCAGCUACCCUGCCAGGACACGGAGAGGACCGUCUGCAGCCUCAUUCCUGAAAACCCCAACGGCGAGCUCCUGUCCUCGGUGUACAACGAGCCGUACUCCACACACAGCUCACAGCAUCACCUUGCAGCUCCCCCACCGCACCUGGACCUGAGCAAUGUGAACAGAUGGAGCUUGGUGGGAGGUCAAUCCUCGACAGCUUCCAGCUCCCUGGAGAAGCCGUCUGUGCCCCGCUCCCCGUUGUAUGCGGACCCCUAUACGCCCAGCUCCCCCAGCGCUCGCAGCGUGGCAGGCUCCAGCUUCUUGGAAGAGUUCCUGCAGUGUCACGGACAGAUGGGUUCAGCACAGAUGAAUGGAUGCCCAACCAUCCCGGUACCCCAGCAUUUUUCUCUGCAGAAGAGGAACAGCAGGGAGAUGCCUGUGGCUCCAAGUUACAGCAUCCCUGGCACCUCAUGCCAUCUCCAGCUGCGGCCUCCUGCUGAGGUUUCUUAUCUUAAAGAGGUCUCUUCUCUGCGAGAGAAACAUCUGGGCCUUUCAUUGGAGCCACCAGAUGGGAACGUGGGCACUUACGACCUGCCAGAGGCCGGCUUCCACCACCGAGACUCCACAGCCUACCAUGACUACGCUGAGCUCCAGAGCUUCCAGAGCGACUUCAGCUAUGACAACCUGUGGGAAGCUGAGGCGAAGGAGCCAGACACGCCGCAUGCCUGCCCAUCACCUGGCCAGCAGUUUUACCAGGCCUGAGGUGGCCUCUAUAGCCAGGCACAAAAAAGCUUUGGGCCCUUUAUUUGCUGGGCUUCCCUCCGGGAUGAGGACCCUGGGGCGUAUGAAGAAAAGAGAAGGGCCUCACUCUGUGAAAUACUGAUUCCCAUGUCCUGGCAGGUCCAGAGUUCAAAAUUCUCCUCUCAGUCUGAGGAUGGGGCAAAGCACGAGAGCGAUGGCCUCUGCAGACCUGAAGCAGCAGCGCAUGCGUGCUAGGAGCGUGCUCUGCCGCUGCCCUGGCUCGGGGAGCCCUGGCUUGGGAACAACGUUACUCCCCUGCAAGUAAAAAGAAAAACGAAAAGCUGCUCAGUCUUCCUCAGAUAAAAGGGACUGGGUGUUCAGACGGAACAGCCACUCAGAGGCCAAAGAAAAGGGCUAGUUAGUGGCUGGGUUAGUUUGAUCAUUCUCCUUAUUAACAGAGACUCAGGGUGGUCACUUUGAGUAUCCCUGAGAAUAGCUGUCAAUCCAAACCUUCCUCUAUUGAGCUCUGAAGACGCAUGAGACGUGCCUUGUCACGGGGUGUAAUGUUGGUAGCAAUAACAGUGCUCAUAGGAAUGUCUUCCUGCAAGAUCAGGGUUAUCUGACAAGAGAUGGAAUAAAACAUCCAGUCAGGGCAGACUGGGAUGUUCUUUCCACUCUAUGCAAUGAAUUCUUCCCUGCCAGUGCUGUCUCUGAACCAUGAUGGUGACCUGCAAUAUUAGGAGCCUGACACCUUGGCAGGUGGAAUCAAGAAAUGUGCUGCCAUUAAAUAUACCGAGUAGCCUGUGUUUACCGAGGUCUUCCCUGGAAAAGGAUGCUCUAGAUUCCUGUAAUGGGAUGGCUUCCUUUCCUCCCACCGCUCUGCACAUCACUGGACUAGAACUAAAUGCUGCUAUGGACAUCUGUGCAGAGAGGGAAGGCAAAAAAUUCACUGCAAGCUGAACUCCAGUACAGCCAUAAUGUUCCAGUGCUCAGGGUGGGCUGCAGUCUCUCUUGUCCCCUCCUCCAGAGCAGAAGCAGCAGGACCAGGACACAAACAACAGGGGACAGAGUCUCAGUGCUAUCAUUUUUCCAGCCUCUUUAGAUCCUUUAGCACAUAUCAGGUCAACAGCAAACCCAAAUGUUUUUACCUGAGGCUCCGCAUUCUUAACCUUUGUUCCCUGCAGAGGCUGCAAACCAAACAUAUUUACAAAAUCUCUAUUUUUGUUCUUUCAGUGGUGCAAACAAAAAAAUCCAGGAGCUCUUUGUACUUGAAUAUCUACCUAUUACGUUGUAAUUAUAUGUAAUUUUUUUUCAGGAAAUAUCCAACAAAGUUUACAUGCAAGGUUUGAGUGGAUUUUAUGUAUUUAACCUGUAAAUGUGGCUGAGUUGAAGAUGUAUUUAAUUUUCUAGCUACGGAUGACGUUCAGUACUGUAGAAUGGGCAGCUGUCUGCACAUUCGUGUGUGUUGGUUUGGGUCUUCUCACUGUUAUUGUUUUGUUUCAGGUUUACUUUCAUUUUGGGAAGAUUUGUAUCUACUAACUUAACCCCUAAAGGUUCUAUUUAUUCAGAACAAAAGUGCACUGGGGAACAUCAGAAGCACACAGUAUGCUGGGAGGCAGCUGUGACCCAUGAACACGUUGACUUCGAAGACUGUCACCGUGACCCUUUUCAUUGGUUUCAACAGUGAUACCUGCAGCGUAUCAGAAGGCAAAAGCCCCUCCUUAUUGCUGUAAAGUUCCCUGAUGGAUUUCUGUGAGACGCAACAAUUGCAAUACACAUUCUUCUGGAAUACUUUUCUCC